AUGGAGAACGUCCCUUGCGACGGGGAGCCAAACCGGCCGAGAGAGAUUGACCCCCGCAAAACACCCACCUGCAGGUGCAAAACACGCUCAAAGAACCUGGAGCGAGUCAACGCCAUUUUGCGAAAGAAAUUGCAUGAGACUGAAGCUUCAUUGAAAAUCUCACAGGAUGCCCAGCUGACCUGGGCAGAGAAGACUCAGCAACAAGAGGAGCAGCUCAAGAAAGCCCGACUCCUUGAAGCAGAGAAUAGUCGCCGAUUCGAAAAAGAUCUCGAAAAAGUACGCCUCGUUGAAGCAGAGAAAACCAGGCGGCUAAAGGAGCAGCUCGAGCAAGCCAGUGAUGCAGCUGCUAAGGCGAACAAGCAACUUGUCCAGUGUUUGAAAAAGGUCAAUGAGUUGCAGAGACGAACUGAGUCUGUCGAUGAGAAUCAAAUUAUUGACCGAAUGCGGAGUCUGUUUCGAAAGUCUGAGACUUGGACGACACGACACUUUCCACCCAAGAGCGAGAGGUCCGCCAUGGACGGAAAUACAGACAACAGUAAUGAACGCAAUCUCGGCCUUGAUCAGAACUGGCUUCCAGAUCCUCAGUAUAUUCAGGCUGUGCUAUCGUCUGCGAUUUGGUUCCAUAUAUUUUCAAAACCAAUGAUAGGGGCGCCGGAUGAAUUGGGGGGCCACUUGAGUAGACUCGAGAUUGAAGUCGAGAGAUCCUGUGAGACUGCCCCAAAUCCCGAAAAUAUGCCGAGUGCUAAGAUGUUAUAUUCAGUCCCUUCCCACAUAUGGCAACACUGGCGCAGUGCAACGAGCCAAAGCUUGGCCAACAUAAAUCCAGCGAGUGGCGAUAAAGCUUGCAGCGCCAUACUGCAGUACAUGGAGGAAACAUGUUCAGACCACUCCGUGUCCAGUCAGAACUUCAGGGUCUCACAGCUCGAAGAUCUACUUACCGCUUGUAUCGAUUUCAAGAAGCAGCUUGAAAGACAAGAAACCAUCUAUCGCUUCGAGCAUAGUUACCCAGACACGCCAUUCUGCGAGUGGUACAUGCGAAGCCACAAUGGGACUUCUCCCGUCAACUCGUUUGUUUGCAGGUCAUUGUGGCCAGGUCUCUACAAGGUCACGUCUGAAAAAACGCCAAUCAUGAUCGAAAAACAACUUGUGGAGCUUGCUGAGGUAUAA